GUGUCUCGUCUCGUUUCACUGUGUCGCCUCGUUGCCUGACACCCUGACCCCUGACGUCCGUUCUUACUUAUGGCCGUUCCAUCUGCUCGAUAUAUUAACUGACCUCCACCACCACGUUAGGUGGCGUCCGCUCCUCUGUCAUGGCACAUAUCGUCAAUUGCAUUGCUGCCAGUGGGAGCACCGCACUUGAGAGAUCGACACCCUCCGAACCUUAUUACUAUCCGGGAACACCUUUGCCAUCCACAGCUCCCUUUGGGAAGCCCAAGAUCUCGAACAUGGAACAAGGCCAGUCGCAACCACCUCCGCCAGCACCGGCACAAGCGCGAUACCAGCUGUUUCCUCGGGAAAGGCAGCUGCCAGUGCUCAACAGCGCCAAAGGCGCCGAGGCAGAGAGGUCAUGCUCGCCGUCCUUGUUUUCCUACCUGGACGACAGCUUCGACGAGGUCCCAGCGCCAUCAGCGUUGAGAACAAAAAUCACACAACAUAGCAUGACACGACGGCGCAAGGUCAGCGUCCCUGAGAUCGGUCCCAUGACAACGGUUCAGGAGGUGCCAAUGGAUUCUCCAACGAUCCCCGGACGUCCGCCACUACAUGAACGCUCAAUCAGUGCUCCAGCGCAGGAUUGGAAACCUUCGUCUCCGGAGUCGCUGCCUUCCCCCGUCCCACUAGCGGAGGACGCUGCUCAGGCCGAACCCCAGGAGAAGGAGAAGGCCUUCCUGGCACAAACCCUCGAGGAGAAGAUCAAGACUUGCACCUCUAUGCUCAGCCGAGCGGCUUCGACCCGAAAGUUGGCGCCCCUUGUGAUACCUCACUCUGGCUCUCGCUCGCCCACUCCUCACCAGCAGACACUUGCCCACAACCGUUCCGGGAGCAUGCCGAACGAGGCCUGCAAGCCGCGCAAGACAACUGUUUCGCCGUAUUUGCGUACGCCAUUCACACCCUCUAUUUCAAUGACAGAUCUCACCUCGCCAUACUCCACCAGCACUCACGCCACGUCCACAAUGACACUGCCGACGCCCGUGUCCGCGCCCGUCUCAGACCCCUAUCGAGCGUCGCCCAAGCCAUGGGAAGGCCGCUCACAAACACCUACCCUGACAGGCCGCGCGAGAACCCCACAACCUGUGGCAACGCAGCAAGCCGUGAUACCGCAUGGCCAUCGAAGAGGUGCAUCAGAAUCGGCAACAAGUAUAAUGGACCGAGGUCGGCCCCGCAAGCGCUUGGAUCAAAUCAACCGACCCGCCCUCGGCCAGAGUGAGGACAGUGCUGGUCAGAGCAUUGAGCGCAAGGCAUUUGAGGAAUUACCCACAGGUGCCUUGCCCAAGGACGCGAGUGCCAACAUGAAGGCCGAAGACAUGAUGGCCAUACACAAGCAUGCAUGCCGCCAGGCCGAGCGUUUCGAGGUGCUGGAUAUGAGCGAUGUAGAGGCCCUCUCCAAGGAGCUUAGACGCCUCGACGAGCGCACAGAGUAUCUGCGUCGAACCUACACUUCACUACGCGCCGGUCGACGCAACCUCCAGUCCCGCCUCUGCCAGUUCCUCCGCUCCCCUCGCGCCGAGCGCUUGAGCUUUGAAUCAAUGCUCAGGCAGGAGGAGGCGCUGGCGGAACUUGACACGUCCAUUGAUGAAUGGGUUCAGAAGCUGGAAAUGGCUGAAAAUCGCCGGACACGAAUCCGCCAAAAGCUUCUUGAGCAUGUGGCGGCUGCAGGCAUCUUGGGGGUGCCUGGGAUUGCUGCUACCCCAUCACCGCGCGAGCAACCUCCUCCAGCCGCUGUCAUGCAGACGUCGGCCGGUUUCUGCGACAUCUCGACACCACCGCGAUCGCCAACAAAGCAGGCGCCGGUCCGCAGGGUUAGCAUUUCGCCUUCGCCCCAGAGGGUCGUGGUGCAAGUUCCGAGCAUGAUCCUGGAAGACCCGCCCCUGGAGGAUGCCGAUACUGAGCAGAAAGACCAGCCCGACGCAGACGCCCAGUCGAUCAGGAGGACCGACGUCGAGAGCAUUCGGAUCUAUGCAGGGGACGACAUCGCCUCGCUGUUGGCCGACGUCGAGAGCGAAAUAACACGCCUGAGUCAGUCCCUCGGCGAUCCUGCCCCCAAGCAUCAGCAACAGCAUGGAAAUUGGGUCGCGGCGCAGGCCCAGGUGUCGGAGCUAAAAUCAAAGCAGCUGCAUCUGCAGCGAAGCCACGAGCUGCUCAGCGGCAUCUCGUGCAGCUCGACCGCAACGACUAUGCCUCAUAAGGGACCCAGGAGCGCGACACCCGAGUCUCCGCCUGCUCCACCACCCCCGAUGAAAGACUAUCCGCGGAGCAAUUCCCCUUCUUCAACAAGCUCGAUGAGACCAUGACGCCUCCUCAGCCUUGGUCCGUCUCAACGUUGGUCACGCUCAACGCAAACAGACGCCCAAAUCCCAAACGCGUACAUACGUACAUAAUCCCGUACACGCAUGCCCAGCCCAUUACCCCAUGGUCCCCUAAUCGCACUUCCCUUUCUUCUCACAUCCCCCCAUGACGACUUCGACUCACGAUUACGACGCUGCGGAUUCAGCCUGCUUCUAUCAGCAUAUUUCAUGGCAAUCCAUCAUCUUCGCGACGAUACCCGAUUUGUAUCCCACCACUCGGACGGUGCCAUAUAGGCCCAGAUAGCG